UAGCAUCAGAAAAAAAGGAAGUCCUUCGCUCAGCAGCAGUAAGAAACAAAAAACCCUCUCAAAAUGGAUCUUCUGAAUUCUAUUCUCGGAUCGAUGGACAAACCACCGUCCAGGGAUAAAAAGGAGAAAGAGCUGAUUGAAAAGCAAAAGAAGGAGCUGGAGCAGCACCGGAGCAAGGAACGGGACGAGUUAAAUCGCUUCCGCAAGUACGCCGAAGAGCGCCUGGGCCGGUUGAUCAAGGAUCCCAAUCGACCGUACAUGGAAUUUCAACCGUUGGAUAAAGUUCACCGUUCCGUGGUACAUGAUAUUGCUGAAAUUGGUGGACUGGCUGCCAUGAGCUUCGGCGUUGAAGGCGUAGAUAGGUACAUUGUAGUCUAUAAGAAAGAGCAUCUACCUUCGGAAGAAGAGCUGGCAGUUCGACGGCACGGGGAUCCUUGGAAUAAGCAAACUGCUGAGGAAUAUGUCGUGAAGCGAAAGCAUCAGAAGCUGCUCGAUGAAGAGCGUCAGAAGAAGCCCUUGGACGAGAAGAAAGUCACUGCUCCGACAACUAACUAUAAAAACAAGUACGUCCAUCUGAUUGGUCAGGAUGCCGCUCUGGAAGCGGCGAAGAAGACCGAGACGAACAAAACCUACGGUUAUGUUCCCAGCGAGAAUAAGCGCGACAUCCGCUCGAUCGAGCAAACCAUGGCCGACAUCCAAGCGAAGAAGAAACUCAAAAUCCAGCACGUGACGCUAUGUGCGGAACCGGAUGUCGACGGUGGCUCGUCCGGGCAGAUUUAAGGGUUCAUGUUGAAG